AUGUGAGUCUGUCAAACAACAGAUCUUGAGCAGCAUGUCAGAGCUUAAAGAGGAAGUUUGAAUAGUUUUUUUGAUCAUGUGGUUUUGACAGGAAAAACAGAACUGUGACAAGCCUUUAACCCUGAAGUGUGUCUGUUAUAGCAGAACACACACAUUAUAGUAGUCAGACAGGACGGAGACUUUAAAAUGUCUAUCUUUGUGAUCCUGGGACUGCUGGUCUGCACAGAGACACGAGGCUCCAGUGCUGUGACUCCUGUGUUUGUGCAGAAAGGAAAGGAUGUUCUUCUGAACGUCAUGACAGCUGAUGUUCCUGAGAACUUUUUUAUUCUUUCAUGGAGAUUCAAUCAAAAGGAUGUUUUAGUUACAUUUUUUCCUGAUAAAGAACCAACAGUCUCUCCUGUCUACACUGGAAGGAUUGAGACUGAUGUGAAAAAAUACUCUGUGAAAGUGAAGAAUCUCCAAGAGGCAGACAGUGGAGUUUAUACUGCACGAGUGACAGGUGAAGAAGAACGAAUAGUAGCUGAAUACAACGUCACAGUUCAAGGUCCAGUGUCUCCAGUUAAACUGUCAGUGGACUCUGUGUCCAGCAGCUCAGACUCCUGUAACCUCACUGUGACCUGCAGAACACAGGACUCUAACAUCAGCAGCACUUUCACAUGUGACACCCAAACCUGCAGUCAGGAGGGAGGAGAGCGAUCAGAGGUCACAACCUCUGCUGCUUCUCUACAUGUCUACCUGCUGAAUGACUCAAUCAUCUGUAACCAUAGCAACCAGGUCAGCUGGACCGAGGACAUUAAGAAGACCAAACAUUAUUGCCCCCAACAUGCUGGCUCCAGUGCUGUGACUCCUGUGUUUGUGCAGAAAGGAAAGAAUGUUCUUCUGAACGUCAUGACAGCUGAUGUUCCUGAGAACUUUUUUAUUCUUUCAUGGAGAUUCAAUACAAAGGUUUUAGUAACAUAUUUACCUGAUAAAGAACCAACAGUCUCUAAUAAUUACACUGGAAGGAUUGAGACUGAUAUGAAAAAAUACUCACUGAAAUUAAAGAAUCUACAAGAGGCAGACAGUGGAGUUUAUACUGCACGAGUGACAGGGUCUGAAGAAGAACGAAUACUAGCUGAAUACAACGUCACAGUUCAAGGUCCAGUGUCUCCAGUUGAACUGUCAGUGGACUCUGUGUCCAGCAGCUCAGACUCCUGUAACCUCACUGUGACCUGCAGAACACAGGACUCUCACAUCAGCAGCACUUUCACAUGUGACAACCAAACCUGCAGUCAGGAGGGAGGAGAGCGAUCAGAGGUCACAACCUCUGCUGCUUCUCUACAUGUCUACCUGCUGAAUGACUCAAUCAUCUGUAACCAUAGCAACCAGAUCCAGAGAGUCUCUCUGCUGGUAUCUCUGUGUGCCUGGUGAAGACAGUCGUGUUCUCUGUCGGUCUGAUCAUCAUGGUGUCUGCCGUCAUCUGUGUUCACAUCAUGGAGAAGCUCAAGAAGCAAAAAUAAACAAAUUGUUCUCUACCAACUAAUUUUACAUAUAUCUCACACUCGUUAGUUAACGGUACCCUGUGGAGAUGUUUACCUAGUAGCCCUGUUUUGUUUGUAUUGUGCAUGCAAGAUCCAAGAGGGGUCAUGGCACACAUUCUGCUGCUGAUAUCCUGCUUUUCCACCGAUCGACAGUUGGACACACCAAGAAAUGUUGCAGGAGGUAGAAGACUGCAAGUCAGCAAACAUGGAUGUCAACGAUGUCGGAUUUAAAAUGGAGUCAACAUGUUAGCAUAGUUUAUAAGAUUCUUAUGAUGUAUUUUGGAAGAAAACUUUGGGGGGAAAAAACUCCACAGGGUACUUGAUGCUGAUUAUUCUUUGAUUAUACCCAAUACUCACUGCGCUCACUUUGGAAAUAAAAUGAUUGGACAGAGAUGACCAUUGUUUUGGAGGAUUUUAUCUUAAAAAAUAAUAAUAAUGCCAAAUCACCUCUGUGGUUUCCUCACAUAUCCUGACUAACCUUGUUUAGUCACUUGAGAUGUAGAACAAGGAAGUGCUGUUGUUGUUAUGACUCAUCUAUGUGUGUUUUACUGUACCACGUGCAUGACAAAAACCUAAUUGCAAACUGCUAUGCCCUACACACAGAAGCAAUAAGAGUUAACAAAUAGUGCAAUCAUGACGAUUGAGUUGUAAGGAGAUAGAGGAAGAGGAGCACAGGAAGUGUAUGUUAGUGGGUAGGGGUCAGCGUGUUCUCAGAAGAGUCAAGUCCUUUCUUCAGUUACUCACCAAUUGCCCUUGUGACUUGAGCUGUGUUUUUCAUACAGUGCUUGCUUUAUACUUUGGAAUUGUGUACAUGUGUAGUUAUGUGCAUAUGUGUUAUGUGUAUAAUACUUACCUUCUAAAUGCAUAUUAUCUCAUGUUAUUAUCUCUGUAAUGUUUUCAGUUUUACAAACAAAAGUAGAAAAUCAAAAGGUGAAACAACUUCAGUGAAAUAAGAAAAGGCAAGCAUCUUUUAAUCUUUGGGUGACCUAAGCAAAGCAGUUUCUGGUACAUACACCAUUAUUCGACACUUAUUAAAGCUAGAUACUAUUCUUC